AGAAGGUGUCACGACUGCCCGUAACAGGAGAGACACUCGCUGAUGGAUAUUACAAGGUUUAAUUUAAUAGGGCAAUACAAGAUAAUCGUAAGGGACCGGCAGGGUCAAAAACAACAACAACAACAACAACAGCAGCAACAUAGACAUACCAGAGGGGAGUCGGACUGAAGAAAGGUCGGUACACGGGAGAGCAAAAACCAGUCUCGCUGGCCUCUGGCCACUGGAUGAACUGUGGGACGAAUGAGGAAAAGGUGGUUCGUCUUGGAGAUAAAGUAACUCUGCAUUGUGACUGUAGAAAGGACCCAGGCUGGGAAAUCCACUGGGUGAGAAGCUGUUCUCCGUUAGUCCACCCAAUGUCCAUCUCUUCAUACGAGUCCCUUAUAAACCCAAUCCCCCAGUUCUCUAUGAAGUGGAAUGCUGCAUAUGAAUCCAUGGAUCUCAUCAUCGAGAACAUCACAGAGUCCGAUCUGGGGCUUUACUACUGUGCUAAGGUUGAUUCUAAAAUGAACGACGACAAGGAUGGGAAGCUAGCGAUGAAUGAAGUGUACCACAUUUGUAAUACAUCCACAAAGCUUUCAUACGAAGAAUCUAAUUGCCCUCCUGCAGUUCCUUCUGAAUGUGACUGCAGGCAGUGUUGGCUGAUACUGCAGACUGUGUGUCCAGCGUGUACCAUUCUAUCAGCUCUACUGUCCUCUCUGUGUGUGUUCUUCUGCUGCCGCAAGACAGUGAUUAUGGAGUCUGACAGUGAUCAGAGAGGACCAAUCCACAGGCAGCAAACCAGUGAGGAACAGGACAAAGACACACAAGUGUACUACGCUUCACUGAACAUUCCCAAAGAUGCAAGCAGACGGAUCAAGAGGAACCCCCCAAUGAACCCUGACUUCAGUUUGUACAGUGAGCUCAAUAAGGCCAAAAAGGAACAAGAUUAGGGCUUUAGAUGUGAUUAAUACGUCCAUCAAGAUUUCACUUAGUUUUUUCUUAAAUUUGUUCUUGAGAAAGGUCCUAAGAAAAAGUCUACGUCAGAUUCAUGAUGUGUUCUUCAACCGCAGAACACACAUGGUUCACACUUUUGUGCUCUUGAGUGUGUGUAGAUUCUGUUCUUACCAAAAAACAAAGAAAACAAGGUGGGCUUUAAGAAGAAAUUUCUUCUUACGAAUGGUUGGUGAAUGAGACCCAUUGUUAGCCAGGAGAAUUAAUGUUAAAUCCACAUGUAAUCUUUUCUGCAACAUUAACAAUGGAAGGAAUUUUUGCUUUUUUUUUUGGUCUUGCUGAAUUGAAGUGGAACAUAGAGAGGCUAUUUCUUUAAAUGCUUUAUACAUAUAAAAUGUGGCUUUUUUCCAGGCACAUUUAUUACUAAAGGCAGAUUUUGCUCACUGGCUGAUUUAUAGUUUAAAGCCAAGGCACCCUAUUUAGACUUUAUAACACUUCACCAAUUCUCUUAAAUUCUAUGUUCAAUUUUUCAGUUUUUUUAUUUGAUCUUUUUAUUCUUUCUUACAUUGCUUUGUUAAUGCCUUGUGCUUUGUGUGCUGCUUCAUGUAAAAUGCUAAUUAAAAGUUUACAAAAUGUA